AUGGCUGCGGUUAUUGGAGCCCGUCUUACAAAACACGUGUUAAAGUCUAUACCAGCACAUUCAGUCUACCUAUGGUCUGACAGCCAAAUAGUUCUUCAUUGGUUAGCGACUAAUCGGAAGUUGAAGACAUUUAUACAAAACAGGGUCAUGGAGAUUCACGAAAUUACAGAGAACCGGAAGUGGAGGUAUUGUCCAACAGACCAGAAUCCAGCCGAUCUAUUAACAAGAGGUUUGUCAGCCAAGGAAUACCAGAAAAGCAGAUUAUGGAAUAAUGGCCCAAAAUGGCUUCCUGACAUUAAUAGUUGGCCUAGCUGUCAAGCAAAUGACAAUGCCAUUUUGUUCACAACAACCGAAAAUGAAGAAGAUGAUUUAAACCAUGAAAGGUGUUCGAACCUUACACAGCCCUCUCAAGGAAUUCACCAACUCAUUGAUGUUGAGAUAUUCAGUCGCUAUAAGAAGCUACUCAGAGUGACUGCCUAUGUGAAACGUUUUAUCCAUAAUUGUCACACAAGAAACAGAGCCAGAAGAGUGUCAAGACUCGAACCUUUAACCGUUCAAGAGUUACAAGAGGCUGAACGACUGUGGCUACAUAACACCCAGUUCUUGAAGUAUCAGGCUGAGAUCAAUAAUCUGAAAUCAAAUGGUAAACGACUUACUCUAGUGAAACAUUUACGACUUUUCCUGGAUGAAGAUGGAUUUCUACGAUGUGGCGGGAGAAUCCACAAUGCACCAGUAACAGAAUUCACCAGAUUUCCAUACUUACUAUCCGCAAAACAUCCUUUCACACGGUUAGUAGUUUUAGACGCACAUGAGAACCAAUUUCACGCAGGCGCAAGUGCAUUGAUCACACAUUUACGACAGAGAUACUGGAUACCAUCUAUCCGUCAGUAUAUACAAAGCCUUCUCCGUAAAUGCGUUCAAUGUCGAAUGGUAACAGGCAAACCAUAUACAGCACCAGAUCCACCACCCCUACCAAAAAUUAGAGUACAAGAUACAUCUCCAUUUACAGUCACCGGGGUUGAUUUCUCGGGAGCACUGUAUGUACGAAGCAAUUCUAGAAUUGAGCAUAAGGCUUAUAUUUGUCUAUUUACGUGCGCUUCAACAAGAGCCGUCCAUCUCGAGCUGGUACCAGAUUUAUCAGAAGAAACUUUCAUCCAAGCGUUUAGAAGAUUUACAAGUCGAAAAUCCCUACCCCAUAUAAUGAUAUCAGACAACGCAACAACAUUCAAUGCAGCAGCAAAUACCAUUCAACAACUCAUGAGAUCAACGGCAGUUAAUGACGCUCUACACAGCCAUGGUACUGAAUGGAGAUUCAUACCUAAGCGAGCACAAUGGUUUGGCGGUUGGUGGGAGCGACUUAUUGGACUAACAAAAACCACCAUCAAGAAAGUUUUAGGUCGUUCAUUUAUUAGUUACGAGAGCCUCCAGACAAUAGUAACAUAG